UGACAUGCCGUGCUGUGUAUUCCAGUCACCAUGAAGCUGAUACCUUUUCAUGUCGGGGGAACCUCCUUCAUCCUGGCCGUCCUCUUGGUGCUGCAUUACUGUCACAUAGCCAGCAUUCUUGGCCACAAGUCUGGAGGCGAUUUAAUCGUGGUGGAAAACCCAGAACAUGAGGCUGUAAACGGUGAAGAGGAAGACGUGGCAGUAGAUGAUGUGGAAGAUGAUGAAGGAGAUUUAGACGUUGUCCAGCCCAGUGAGCAGUGGCAGACACUUAAACCAGGUCAGGCAGUGCCACAAGGUUCUCACGUGAGGCUGAAUCUGCAGACAGGUGAGAGGGAGGUCAGACUGGGAGAAGAGCAGCUGAAAUACUGGACAGAGGAGCACAGGGAGGAAGAAGCGCUCCGGUCUUCCUUUAAUCCCGAUGAGCUGAAACGAGCCAUGAAGAAGAUAAAAGAGGACUGGAAGCUUGGAAGCAAGGACACAGAGCAGAAGGACUCUGUGGCUUCUAAGUUUCGCACAAUGGAGGAGUUGAAGAAAGACAUGGCUCAGCUGGACCUGCUGCUGGAGACGGAUGUUCAGAUAAUGAGGCGUCUGCUGGAGCAGUUCAACAGCAGCAACUCAACUAGCGAACAAAGACUGAGCAUCCUGACGGAGCUCGAAUAUCUGGUGCAUCAGGUGGAUAAUGCUCAGACUCUGUGCUCCAUGGGGGGCCUCCAGUUCCUUUUAGAAGGUCUGAACAGCUCUGACUUCAGAUUACAGGAAAGCUCUGCUUUCGUCCUGGGCUCUGCAUUAGCCAGUAAUCCAGCAGUUCAAGUUGAAGCCGUGGAGAAUGGCGCUCUCCAGACACUGUUAACCACGCUGGCCACUGCUCAGCAACUCAGAGUCCAAAAAAAGGUUCUGUUUGCAGUGGCUUCCCUCUUGCGUCACUUCCCCUAUGCACAGCAUCACUUCCUGACACGUGGGGGUCUGCAGGUCCUGUCAGAGCUGUUCAGGACUGACAGCAGUGGAAUUCUGCGUACACGCAUCGUCACCAUGUUAUACGAUAUGAUUACUGAGAAGGAGCUGAUCUUCCAGGGAGGUCUGGACCCAGUACUGGACGCGUCUCAUGAUGAGCGGCGGCGUCAGUACUCUAAGGUGUCUUUGCAGGAGGAGCUGUUGGAGAAGGGCUGGUGCAUUCUGGUCCCACAGCUCCUGGAGUCUUCAGAGAAUGACUACAGAGAGAAGGCUCUCCGGGCUUUGUUGGCAAUGGCUCCAGUGUGUUUGGAUCAGUACCGCUCAGACGGCUCUCUGCAGGCUUCUCUUCACUCUCUGAAGCAAGAGUACCAGGACAUGAUCCAGUCAGAAAUAAUUCUAGCAGAAGAGAACACCUACUUUGAGGAGAUUGUAGAACUCAUCGAUGCACUGCAAGUGAAAAUGAAAUGAUCAGAGGACAGCACUUUGACGUUUCAUAUGAACAUGGCGUACAUCGAGGAGCUGGCACUUUUACUCUGUUGGGGUCAGUCGAUCGCAGAGCAGUGGACAAGGAACACAAUUUUGAGGACAUAACGAGUGAGCUGGAAGACAGAUCUGCGAUUAGUCAGCAUGAACACAACCAACAAAUACUUCACGUGUUGCCUAAAAAUGUUCUCCACACUUCUGAAGCUGUUCGUAUGGCCUCUCUGAGAGGUCACAUCGAGGGUGAUUUUACCAUCAAUAACGUUGCUUUUCUUCCAAUCACUGUGGUGUGUGGGUAGGGUGGUGUAGUCCAGGUAUGUGCUCCAGAUGCUAUAGAGGAUGUGCACAUACUGACUGCGCACACACCGCUAAUCCCAAAGAGCAGUGAUCCCUGUUGCUGUAUGGAGUCUCUUCUGGUUGCCGUCACAAGUGAAUGUGUCACAGAAGGAAUUGGUUCACAGUGACGGUGGCAUGGUGAUGGCCAUGUAGUCCCGCUGCACGUUUGAUAGGAAGCAAGAGCUGGGUCAUGUGCUUUGCAGCAACGUCACUUUGCCAGGAUGUAACUGGCUUCACUUCCUCUAACAUUAGACAUCAGGUUGGGUAAGUGCGCGUGUUAUGGGUGUUAAGUCAGUUUCAUGCAGAAGGCAGCGUCGGCAACGUCUGACUGAUCACAAACGUGGAUGUUUACUGGCAGCAGAGCGACGGAUUUUAUGAAGACCGUCAAGCAACGCAGCAACCAUGGCUGAAGUAUCUGAAUGUGGAAUAGAGUGCUGUACAUACAGUAUUAAACAACACUGUAUGAUUGCAUGUUCAAGGUUAACCCUUAAGUUGCUGUGCUUAUCCCCAGAUCCCCCUCUGUAUGCCUCAUGAAAACCAGACUUUGUGACCACAUGGGGAUGUAAAAACUGUUUGACACUUAAUUUUAAAGUCAUGCCGCUCUGUGUGGUGGACAGUGUGAAUGAUACUGUAACAUGAACGAGUGUUGUUGGUGGCAUACAGACAGAAGGACAUCGUCUGCUGUGCCAGGUGUAGCAGUCCACUUCCAGCUCCUCUAGGUCCCGACCUGAACCCACUGCACCACCCCUUCCCUGCAGCAGAGCCACAGACCACACCCCCACCACAAUUACUGUUUAUGUAACUUAGGCAACCUGACUUCACACCCAAUGGAAACACGUUUUUCAUCUGUUUUAAAAUAAGAAAACAGGAUUGUAUUUGAAAUGUUAUUUUCUAAGACUAAUAUGUUCUACUCUAUAGGUUACAGGAAAUUUAAGCGUCUGGUAAUACAAGUUAUUGCAACUAACAAGAAUGUGCUGCAAGUUGCAGUAGAAUUUGGAUAGAUUUAGCUCUUUUGGAGUGUGGUGGGUUUUGUAGUAAUAUUUUCACUCUGGACUGAUAACUUCAACAUAUUCAUGUGCUUAUUUAUUUGAAAAAGAUGGUGUUCUGUUGAUGUAUGUUCGAGAAAAUAACUUAUAGCUCCACAAUAAAAAAUGAGUGUUUCCAGAAAAA